AUGAAAUUAUUUAUUGACCAUUUUCAAAAUUUUCAACAAGAGUUUAUUUGUCUAGAGACAAUUCAAUUAAUUGAUAUAACUUAUUUCACAUUUUAUUUACUCAUUAAUGUAUCAUCAUUUUUAUUCAUAAAUGGAAAUAUUAAUGAACAUAUUCAGAAUUUUAUCAAAGAAACAUUAGAAAGACAAAGAAAUAUUUUAACUAAAUUGAAUUUGGACGAUGAUAAUGUAUUUGAAUCAAGUAAUCUUCCAUUUUAUAAAUUAACUUAUUUAACAAUUGAUUACUGUUCAAGUUCAAUAUUAAGUCAUAUAGUUAAAAAUUUGAUUCCUUCAAUUACUCAUCUAGACAUUUCCAUUGAUCAGCUUGAUUUGGAUACAAAACGAACUUGUCCCGAUUUGAGUUGUUUAUCAUCUAGUCUUACAUAUUUAACAUUAAGAAUUGGUAGUGAUAAUAUUAUAUCAUUCGAUAUACUUGAAACAUGCCUAAUCAAAUUAGAAAAAUUAACAAAUUUAAUAAUUGAAGCGAUAGGUACAAUUGAUGUUAUUGAUGGUUAUUGUUGGGAAUAG